UGUGAUUCAGCGAUGCAUUGCUUGGGCAUCGCUCAGAGCCUCAACUGGUCCGUGGCGUCGUGUUUUUCUGCAGCGCGCGAGGGCUCACAGUGUCAAAUCUGGAGCGCAGAGGCGGUCAAAGCUGUGGCUGGCAGGAAGAAUGGCACCGUCGGCGCUACUCCUUGUAAAAUCAGGAAAUCCUACACAGCUACCUGUACUGGACCCAGUGGCGAGAUCGUGCAAGUCGGACAAGCCUUCAACACGGAUAGUGGACCAAGUUACCUCUGCACGGACGACGGACCAGAAAUGAUCGGCAAACGCACCAGCUGCAGCACACCGUUCGUGGAGACCGCGGUAGGCUGCAUAUACGUGAACACCGCUACUGUUGACUGGACCACGGCGCGGCAGCAGUGCACGGCGCUUGGAUCUGACCUGUACACUGCCGACACUCACGAACAGUUCGAGGCUAUGAGGAUGUACAUCUUGAGUACAAAUUCGAGUACAACCCUUGCGGGUCUCUGGGUUGCAAUCAAGAAGGUGGGCAACACUUGGAUGUGGUCCCCCAGCGGUCGCAGUCCUGGCCCAGACUACACAGGAGACUGGGCAUCAACGGACCCCAACGGCGCCCAGUUCAAUCAACAGUGCGCACGGAUGAUGAGCCUUCACGUCUACCGACUCGGAGACACUGGAUGCGAGUCGUUGUACUCGUUUGUGUGUCAUGUUUAGCCGGGCUGAUACGGUUUGGUUUUUUCGUCACCGUUAGCACGUCCUGAAUCAGUUAGGUAAUAUUUUUUGCUGCUUGACAAAUUAGUGGCGCCUCUAGUUCUACCUAUAGACCUGAAAGUUUGUAAUACUGGUGUUUAAAUCCUAAGUUAAAUUUGAUUGAUUGUAAAUUAUGCAUGUCAUGGAUAAAUCCUCCGAAAUAGAUGAAAUGAAGAAGAAGAAAAUAAAGUAGCACAUUAUUAUUAUUAUUAUUUAUACCCAGCGCGAGACGGAAAUAUAUGAGUCUUUCUGUGGUGGCUAAAACUCAUACAUUAUAAUGCACAAUUCGCAGCAUAUAUGUGUCGGCAUUGUAACUGAAUCCAUGGUUAAAUACAAUUUGUUAACCGAUGUUACUCGUCGUCGUCUGCGUACAUAUACGUAAGGUAUUUUAGAAAUUUAAUGCUGGAAUAUAUAUGCAAUGAACGCAACGAGGAAACGUUCGGAUCUUGUGACAGUCGAAAUGUGUUCUCAUGUAUAAGGUAAUUUCGUUUCAUUGUCAGUGUAAUAAACUUCCUGGAUCGU